AUGAAGCCGAAGCACCGUGGUCCACUAUGGGCCUUCCAGUUCUGGGUUCAAGCUUACUUCCCAGAGCUGAGGGGGGCGGUUGGCCAACGCAUUCGCCCGGGCCCCCAGGAAGCACAACACCUCGACUCUCUGCUACAAAUUUUUCUACGGCUUAGUCGAGAGGACCGGGACGCAGUUCAGGUUGUGCCUUGCUCGACCGUAUCCUUUGUUUCUGGCGCACGACCUCUCCGUGAUCCCUGA